AUGGAGGAUACCAGUGUCCAAAGAGGAGUCUGGGAUGGAGACGCGAAAGCAGUUCAGCAGUGUCUGACAGAUAUUUUUACCAGCGUUUACACCACCUGCGACAUCCCAGAAAACGCGAUAUUCGGUCCUUGCGUUCUAAGCCACACUUCCUUGUACGACAGCAUAGCUUUUAUAGCUCUCAAGUCCACGGACAAGAGAACAGUUCCUUAUAUAUUCCGGGUGGACACCUCAGCAGCCAAUGGCUCCUCAGAAGGUCUGAUGUGGCUUCGUCUGGUUCAGUCUGCUAGAGAUAAAGAAGAACAGAAUCUAGAAGCCUACAUAAAAAAUGGACAGUUGUUUUACCGAUCCCUGAGGAGGAUUGCCAAAGACGAGGAGUUGCUUGUCUGGUAUGGGAAGGACCUUACUGACCUUCUUUUACUCUGCUCCUCGAGGUCCCACAGCAAAAUGAACGGGUCUCCCCCUUACACAUGCCUGGACUGCAGCCAACGUUUCCAGUUCGAGUUCCCCUAUGUGGCGCACCUGCGCUUUCGAUGCCCCAAAAGACUACACAGCGCUGACACCGGCUCCCACAAUGAGCAGGACGGCGGAGGUUGCACAAAGGAACACGGAGGAGGAGGUGGAGGCUGUGGCGACAGCGGCGGCGGAGGAGGAGGCGGUGGUGGCAGCGUGGCCAAGGACCAACAGCAGCCGGAGGCUACUUUGGGACCUGGACCCAAGUAUUGCAAACCACCCACCAUUCCCAUCCACCACUACCAGACAUCCCAAGAGAGCAGCAACGCCUCUGCCCCGGGCGCAGGGAACGGCAUCAAACCCUCUACGGACUUCCACAACCUUGCUCGAGAGCUGGAAAACUCCCGUGGGGGCCGCAGCUGCUCUCCUCCCCGAAGUCUCAACAGCCGAGUCAGUAGCAGCGGCAGCAGCCACCAGGAGGUGGAGCUCAGUCCAAACAGCACAGCCACCUGCGCCCUGCAUCCCGCCACGCCGACCGCAGGGAGCGGGAGUGUAGGUGGCGGCGGUAGCAAAGCAAAGAGAAAGUACCCAGACGAGCUGGAGGAGGGCAGCCGUGGCGGGGUAGGAUUGGUGGGGGGCCGAGGUCGCUUUGCCGAGCGACCCCAGCCGUCCUCCAAGGAGGACCUGGUGUGCACCCCGCAGCAGCAGUACCGCACGACGGGUAGCUACUUCGGCUUGGAAGAAAACGGCCGUCUCUUCGCUCCACCCAGUCCUGAGACUGGCGAGGCCAAACGCAGCGCCUUCGUGGAAGUGAAAAAGGCCUCUAGGGUCGUUGGAGGAGCCCCAGGGCUCUUGCAGGAGGAGGAGGAGGUAGCGGAAGGAGCUACGAGCGCUGGGGAGGACAAGGAUCUUGGCACAGCCGCCGGGGGCGUAGCCAGUAAUACGUCUUCACCUGCUUCUUCCUCCUCCUCCUCUUCUCCAUCGGGGCCGGAGAAGCUCCUGGGACCGCGGCCUGGGGGCCCGCUGUCAGCUCGACUCGAGGGAGCCAGCCCGGCACGGGGCAGCGCCUUCACCACGGUGCCACAGCUCGGUGGCAGUGGGAGCGCGGGCGGUGGAGGAGGGUCGGGCUCCAGCGCAGGGGCAGUCCCGGGCGCAGUGGCCGCGGACGAACGCAAAAGCGCCUUCUCGCAGCCCGCGCGAACCUUCUCCCAAAUGCCUCCCUUGGUUUUGGGCCAGAAGCUGGGUUCGAUGGAACCAUGCCACCCCGGGGACGGCGUGGGCCCCACCAGACUGUAUCCUGCAGAUCCUCUGGCAGUGAAACUUCAGAGCGCGGCUGCGGACCUAAAUGGGGCCUGCGCGCCACUGCAGAAUGGUGGGGGCCUCCCCAAACAGAGUCCUUUCUUGUACGCCACCACCUUCUGGCCGAAGAGUUCGGCGGCGGCCGCGGCAGCGGCUGCUGCUGCAGCUGGCCCCCUGCAGCUGCAGCUGCCUUCGGCACUUACACUGCUGCCUCCAUCCUUCACGUCUCUCUGCCUCCCCGCGCAGAACUGGUGCGCCAAAUGCAACGCCUCCUUCCGCAUGACUUCCGACCUGGUGUACCACAUGCGGUCACACCACAAAAAGGAGUAUGCCAUGGAGCCUUUGGUGAAGAGGCGGCGAGAGGAGAAACUCAAGUGCCCCAUUUGCAACGAAUCCUUCAGGGAGCGUCACCACUUAUCCAGGCACAUGACCUCUCAUAAUUGAAAUGAAAUGGAAGAACCCGUCUACAGGAUCUCAACGCACACGACAAAAACCAGCUGCAGGAAUG